UAGCUUUAUAAAAAUAUAUCAACAGCAAAAAUGGCUACGAAAACCACACCUAUUGCUUGUUCUGGAUGUCACAAUGUCAUCGUGGACCGGCGCCUCUUACAAUGCCUGACUUGUAUGGACAUAUAUGACUUACUAUGUGCUAAUGUCACAAAGGAAUUGUAUGACACGCUGCCGACAGAACGAAAAAAAACUUGGAUAUGCCCGGGUUGUGUCUGUCGUCAGACAAAGAGAGGAGACAACACAAAUACACCAAUACGAGCAUCUGACUUCAGUAUCAAUCAGACCGUCCAUACAGUGCAUGACGAUGAAUCCAUGGACUGCAGUUUUUUGAACCACUCGACAAGAUCACAGAACAUAACGUUCCGUCGUCCUCAGCCACAGAAUAAUGCCCAGCAGGAUGACUCUGUGUGUUUAGAUAAUAUCCGGAUUCUGGUUAGGGAGGAGCUACAAGACUGCCUCGAUGAACGCCUAAUAAGUUUAAUUGGCAAAGCAGUCGAAAACCAAAUUGCGCCACUAGUACAGUCAGUGGCGCAAUUGAAAACUAGGGUGACGACUGUCGAAGAAAGAGUGACAGCCCUUGAAGAGAGGUUAAAUUCGUUGGUGACUUAUAGAGACAACAACCCAGCGGAAACCUACGCAUCCGUUACUGAAAAACCAAGAGCACAGUCUCCGGCAAGUUGCAACGCAACUAGUAGGUCUGUAUCACCUUCAACGGGAAAGAUAGCGUCUGACAAGGUGCUACUGCCGCCAAUAGCUGGUCAGAUUCCUAAUAACCGGGACAGUGAUAAACAUACGGAGACGUUAGCUAAGCCGGCGAGUUCAGACGCAGAGAGCGAGGGCCGGGGUAAACUACAGAUACGCCCGCGAAAACAAUUGGAGGUUAAGAGAGGCACAGCUCUCCCUGGAACUACGUGCCCGCUGAAAGCCUCGGAGAGGUGCCGUUACAUUCAUUUGUUUUAUGUAAAAGUGGGCACAACUAACGAACAAGUACAGGCCUAUCUUUCAGAGAUCUGUGGGGAAGACGUUUGCACAGUCGAGACACUAAAGGCAAAAGGAAAUUAUGCAUCCUUCAAACUCACCGUUCCACUGAAGUGUAUUGAGAGGGUGUUGGACCCCGCUUACUGGGCGGAAGAUAUAUGCAUUAAACCCUGGAAACAGAAUUUUCGUAACUUUCGCAACAAAAGUACGAACGAAGUAUAAAACCAAUUUCAUCCUACACG